CCGCCUGUUGAUCGCCGCGCUCGGCUACGGCGCCGCCCCUGCUCGUGGCCCGGCUACCAAGAAGCUGAAGGACUGACAGCUCGCACAGCCGGCUACGGGAUGGGCGCACGGAUGGGAGUAUUCUGAAGUCUCAGGAAGUUGGCCCGUGUAAAUGUUCGUGGCCUGUGAAAAAGGCAUAUAAGAAACCAUGGCACUCCCUUUUCAAAAAGAGUUGGAGAAAUACAAGAACAUUGAUGAAGAUGAGCUUCUUGGCAAACUCUCAGAAGAGGAACUGAAACACUUGGAAAAUGUUCUUGAUGACCUAGAUCCCGAGAGUGCCCUGCUACCAGCUGGAUUCCGACAGAAAGACCAGACCCAGAAAGCAGCCACCGGCCCGUUUGACCGCGAGCAUCUCCUCAUGUAUCUGGAGAAGGAGGCUUUGGAACAGAAAGACAGGGAAGACUUUGUGCCCUUCACUGGAGAGAAGAAAGGGAGAGUCUUUAUCCCCAAAGAAAAGCCCGUGGAAACUCGUAAAGAAGAAAAGGUGACCCUUGAUCCAGAACUGGAAGAAGCUUUGGCCAGUGCCUCCGACACUGAACUCUACGAUCUCGCAGCUGUUCUUGGAGUACACAAUUUGCUCAAUAAUCCAAAGUUUGAUGAAGAAACACCCAACUCUAAAGGUGGCAAAGGGCCUGUGAGAAAUGUGGUCAAAGGUGAAAAGGUCAAGCCUAUAUUUGAGGAACCACCCAACCCCACAAAUGUGGAAGUAAGCCUGCAGCAGAUGAAAGCCAAUGAUCCCAGCCUCCAAGAAGUCAAUCUCAACAACAUCAAGAACAUCCCAAUUCCAACUCUGAAGGAAUUUGCAAAAGCUCUGGAGACCAACACUCAUGUGAAGAAGUUCAGCCUGGCAGCAACCCGCAGCAACGACCCUGUGGCAAUUGCUUUUGCAGAUAUGCUGAAAGUAAACAAGACCUUGAAAAGUCUAAACAUAGAAUCCAAUUUUAUAACCGGAAGUGGGAUCCUGGCCCUGGUGGAGGCACUAAGAGAAAAUGACACCUUGACAGAAAUCAAGAUUGACAACCAGAGACAGCAAUUGGGAACAGCUGUAGAGAUGGAAAUUGCCCAGAUGCUUGAGGAGAAUUCAAGGAUCCUCAAAUUUGGAUAUCAGUUUACCAAGCAAGGACCAAGAACAAGGGUGGCAGCUGCCAUCACAAAGAAUAAUGACCUGGUUCGUAAAAGGCGAGUUGAAGGAGACCGAAGGUAAAUUUCUACAAGAGGUAAAGGUUCACCACGGCAGCCGUUUAAAAACGAACAAAAACUCUUCUCCUUCCCCACCGGGACCAUUUUAUCAAAGGUCGUUCAUUUUCGUUAACCACACAACUAAUAAUUUAGUUGUUAUUCUUUUUUAGCACUCCUUAUUUAUCUUGGGUUUUUUAAGAUACACAGUAGUUUUAUUUGCUCAUGGGCGCCUCUGGCAACUUGCACCUGUGGACAUAUGCGGAUCUGUAGAGGAUGACAGCAGUGGAAAAUGAUUUCACAGCUUUCGUGUUGGGUUGUGUUACUUUGUUACAUAGACUUUUUUUUAACCACUGAAAGGAGUUUAGUAGAUAAGUGUGUUUGUAACUGUGAUUAUGAUAGAGGCCUAUCUCUGUUUACAUGCAUGGCUUUGAGUUAGGCUAAGUAUAUCAGAAGUAUUCUGCUGACCACAGAGUAAGUUAGUAUUGCCAAUCUUUCACUGGAUGAGAAAAUGUGACUCAACUUAGCACAACUUCUCUGAGUUCCAGAAAUGUCACUAAAUGCAAAUGCGCCCGCAGAUCAGAAAUCAGUGAUGUCAUCUUCAUAAAAACAAGACAGCAUUAUGAUACUUUAACACAGCCUUACUAAAUAAGUAAAUAAAAUGGUUAUUAACCCAUAAAUAUAGCUUCCAGCCGUACUCACAGGCAGCAAAAUGAACUGCUACAUCUACCUUCAGUGAUUAUUCACCAUAAAUGCAAUCUUUAACAUGACUCUCUGAUGGAUAACUUUUCACAAAACUGUUUGAAAGUUUUCCAGACAUGAUGGUUAUUUUUAAAUAUUAGUAAGAGGAAGACUUAAAAAAGUACAUGCCCAAAUAAAACAAUGAUUGCACCUUAAUCAAGGCUGUCUGAUACACACAACUGCAUUAUUUUGGCAUAUUUUAGAAGCAUUUAUUGCUUUUUCUUUAGUGUAACAAGAUCACAGUAUGAAAUGAGAACAUUCGAGUUAAUUAUACAGAUUUUUGUCUACGCGGCAUGACCCAUCCAGACAUUUGCAAACGUCAGGAGAAAAUGUGAAUUAUCACUUACCCAGGUG